UUUCGACGGAGAACGCUUUUACUUUAUACGAAAUAGUAUCAUCGUCAACAAUGUCAAAGUAUAAAUGUCUGAGACCUGCUGGUAUGUCCGAUGAGGACGAUAGCGAUGACGAGGAUGACUAUUUUUUUGAAGAGGACAUUAAAGAGUGUAAUUAUUUUUCAAAUGAUUCAAAGAAAAUUGAGUCUAAUUUCGAUGAUUUACUUUCCAAUGAAGAGCGCGCUCAUGACGAUUAUAUGAUAAAAGUAUGUAUAAGCGGAGACUUGAAAGCGAUACAGAAUCAUCUUGAAAUGUAUGAUAUUAAUAAACCUCUAUAUACUGGAUGGACUUUAUUAUUGUAUGUUACUUCAUCGGCACAACAAGAGAUAGUAGAAUAUUUGCUGGCACUUGGUGCAGAUCCGAAUAAGAGUAAAGAGGGAUUUACACCUCUUAUGGCACUAUGUAGCUCCAUACAUGGAAAAACUGAAAGAUCUCUGAAGUGCCUUGAAUUUUUAAUGCAAGCAAAAGCUGAUGCAAAUCUUACAAAUCAACGGAGAGAAACAGCUCUAAUGUAUGCUUGUAUGUCGCAAAAUGCGGAAUUUGUUGCCGAACUUAUAAAACAUGUAAAUGAUAUCAAUGCCUGCGACAGCGAUGGAAAAGCUGCAUUGAGUUAUGCUGCUAUAGCUAAUAAGCCUGAUAUCAUCAGAAUUCUUUUGGAGUACAAUGCAGAUAUUUCAUUGGUAGACAAAGAUUUUUUAUCUGCCAAGGAUAUCGCGGAUAAAAAAGGAUUUGUAGAGAUAUCUGCUCUGUUAACUAAGGAUGAAGAAGAGAAACCAAUCACUUAUGAAGUAUUUGAUAGAAAAACUUGGAGAGAUUUAUUUCCAGAUUUGUAUCCUAGAAGAAAAGAAGUUUUAGAUGAUUAUGUAUCAAGCAUGCUAUCGGGAAUGGAUUUGGAAAGUUAUAAGAUUCUGUUUCUAGGAAUAAAUCUUAAAACUUUUUUGCAAUUGACAGAGGAUGAAAUUUGCGAUUUAGGAAUCGAUAUCACUGUCCAUAGAGAACAAUUCUUAGAAGGUUUAGAAAAAUUUCAUCUUAGAAAGUGGAAUGUGGGCAUCCUUGGCAGUAUAAACGAUAAGAACAAUAUAAAUUCUUGCAGUAUUCAUGAUAAUAUAAUAUCACUGGCAAAUGUAAAGGAGAAUAUUGCCGUAAUAGGUGCUAGUUUCGAAUAUAUAAAAAAUAAUUUGAUGAAAGCUGCAAGCGAAAAUAUCUAUAUUUCUCCUUCAGAAACAUUAAAAUAUGAAGAAGAAUUAAAAGAAACACAAAAAAACCUAAAAUGUUUAAAGAAUGAAAUAAAUCGCAUUAGGAAAUUAGCGCGGAAGAUUGAUAAAGAAGAUGAUAUCGGUGUACCAGCAAUUUAUAUUGGCCCAAAGAAAAAUAAAUCCAAUUGGACUAUACCAUUAAGUAUUACAUUAAUGGUGGGGUUGUAUUUAUGCAAAACAACAUAUAUUCAAAGAUUAUGGAAUAUCUAUAACACAUAAGAAUAGCGU